AUGGUGGCAGAGUUGGAGUCCAAGGUCGAGGCCUUCGAUACCGACGAGUGGUGGGCGCGACAUGGGUCGGUCGCGACCCCUCUGAAGCUCCAGUCAAGGAAGAUUACACGACCUGAAUCUUCUCAUUUUCAUAACGCCUAUGCUGGCUUCCCUUAUGCCUGGCAGUUGACGGAGACGGUUGAUGAUUUCCUCGGCCGCCUCCCGCCAGCUACGACGGAAGGCUCUAAAGCUGGCCCAUGGAUCUUCAUAUGCAAUCCGUUUAUUGAGCGGAGGAGCAAGCAGGAGGCACAGAAUCAGAACGUCCGAGGUUGCGAGGACGAAGCCCCUGAAGAGGACGAGACGGACCUGCAUCGCUUUAUUGAGGGGGGUAUGGAAAGGCUCCACCUCGUCACCGACUUCCACGGCGAGAUGAACAAAUCCACUGUUUCGCCAGCCGUCCGCGGCCGGGAGAGGAACAAGGCGGCGGCGGACGCCACCCGAGAUAUCCUGGCCUUGGCUCACGCAUUGCACGUCAGGACUGGGAAGUGGAUGCUAUUCUGUGACGUCCACGCUGUCAACGAGGUUUGGGGCAUCGUCGCCAAGGCUACUGCCAAUAACGAGCUGGGCAUUGCCGCCAAGGUCGCGACCAGGUCAGAACUAGAUCCCCGCACAGAGCGGUUAAUCUGUGUCUACACAACCGACUUUAUCGACAGGUCCGAUGUGGAAAGAGUGGCUCGCAAGCUGAAACAGUUGGGAUUGGUCAAGGCCUAUGGGAAGCCCCUAUACUAUAAGCCAGACGCUUACACAUAUCUUGGAAUUGGCUCUGGCAAUCCAUGGGGAUUCAAGGCCUCCAUAUACAACACAAAGGAGCUGCUAGGGAGGACCUGA